AGCUCCGCGGGCACUGGUGCCCGCAGCCCCCCUGUGACAUGGGGCAGGAAGUCAGACUCUGAUCAGCUGUUCACUGCUGUGGUUUGGCCACUGGCUCACACUGCAGGGGCGGAGUGCAAACGUUCUCAGCCCGUUUCUCUCCCUGGAGCCCCCCAGGGAGUCACAGCUGCCAGAGGCCCCCCCAGAGGCUCCCGCUGCCCAGACCCCGUGACAUGGCUGAGGACCCAGAUGGCAGCAGGGCCCCUCUACUGCCAGGCACUGCAGAGUCCCCUGUGCACCCUGCCCUGAACUUCCUGGGGAAGGUGGUGGUCUCGGCGCUGCCCAUUGCCAGCAUCGUCAUUGGAGCCCUGUACCUGGGCCAGUGCCCCGGCCAGCACCUCCUGCCCUAUUACCUACUGGUGGGGGGCAGCACGGUCCUGCUGUUCCUGCUGCUCAGCUGCCUGCCCUGUGGUGAUGGGACGGACCCCCCCCAGCUGAGCCCCGGUGCCCGCGGCUGGAGGGCGCUUUUCCUGCUCUUUCUCUUCGCGUGGUUCAUUGCUGGUAAUGUCUGGGUCUACUCCAUCUACCCCCCAGAGUACAAGGACCCCCACGAUCCGAAGUUCUGCCACCAACUCCUCUACCUCUUUGCCUUCUGGGUCACCACGUUGGUGUACGUGGGGCUGGGGGUCACGCUGCUGGCUGCUCUCGGCAUCCUGGGCUGCCUGCUGCUGCUGCGGGCGCGGCUGCCCUGGCUGCAGCGGGGAGACGGGUACCCCUAGCUGGGGCUGGGGGGGAGGAGACAGAGGGGGGUUAAUAAAGACCUGAACCACGGCUGGUGAGCGGAGUCAUCCUUGUCUGUGGGGCACCUCCCGUCAGCCCCCUGGAGUGUCUAUGCCUCAGCCAGACUCCCAGGAUCCCCUAAGGCAGAGCCCUUGGAGCCAGACCCGUGCUUGGGUA